AUGAAUGGAAGACGACUGAUCCACGCCCCCUUCCAGUCGUCGCGGACACGGCUCAGGAUGCUCUCUCUCUGCGCGGCAGGAGGAGACACCGAUCCAUGCCGUUUGGCUUCACCAGGGCCUCCCCUCCCUCUCUCCCUUUCCCAUGCCACCCCGGGGGCCCUUGCGGGCGUGUCUAGAGAGUGCGUGCUCCGGCGCCAAGGAGGCUCCGGGCGUCGUCAAUGUCUCACGGGAGUGGAUCACGCCGACAGAUGGAGCGCCGAGAGGUGCCAGGCGCCGGACGAGGGAUGCUGCUGCGCACGGCGAUCAACCACUGGGUCCCAGCAGGGCCGGGAGUGA